UCUUCGGGCGAGUCAGGGGACGAGGAUUCUCUGUCAGAGGGGGAGAUUGCUGCUCAGAAGGAAGAGGUGGAGGAGAAGAAGAAGCUGAUAGCCACUCUAAGGAACAAACCGUGGCGCAUGAAGAGGAGGCUUAAACUCCUCAAGGAAUGCCAGGCGUUUGUGGAGAAGUUUGAGGGGGCUCUGGGAAAGGGCAAAGGGAGGAAGCUCUACGCCUACAAAGUCAUAAUGGCUAAGAAAAUGAUCAAGUUCAACCGUGACUUUGACAAUUUCAAAACAGCCUGUAUUCCAUGGGAAAGAAAGAUUAAAGAGGUUGAGAGUCACUUUGGGUCAUCUGUGGCUUCCUACUUCAUCUUCUUGCGGUGGAUGUACGGUCUAAACCUGGUCCUGUUUGGGUUAAUGUUUGGGCUUGUUGUUCUCCCAGAGGUGAUGAUGGGUCUUCCGUAUGGGUCUAUACCCAGGAAAACUGUUCCCAGAGCGCAGCAGGCCAAAGCCAUGGACUACUCCGUCCUCCUUGAUUUUGGAGGCUACUGCAAGUACUCUAUUAUGUUCUAUGGCUACUAUAAUGACGAACGCACCAUCGGACUCCUCCAGUUCAGACUGCCACUGUCCUACCUACUGGUCGGUGUUGGCAUCUUCGGCUACAGCCUGAUGGUGGUCAUUAGAACGAUGGCCCGUAACUCGGAUGAGGGAGGAGAUGGUGGGGACGAUGGACAGUUUACCUUCACCUUUAAGAUGUUCACCAGCUGGGAUUACCUCAUUGGGAACCCAGAGACAGCAGACAACAAGUAUGCCUCCAUCACCACCAGCUUUAAGGAAUCCAUAGUAGACGAACAGGAGAACCAGAAGGAUGAGAACAUCCACUUGCGGAGGUUCCUGCGGGUUCUAGCCAAUCUUUUCAUUCUCUGCAGCCUGGGGGGCAGCGGCUUCCUCAUCUAUUUUGUGGUCAAGAGGUCUCAGGACUUUGCAAAACUAGAUCAGAAUACGCUCUCCUGGUAUGAAAAGAAUGAGGUGGAGGUUGUGAUGUCACUGCUGGGGCUGGUGUGCCCCCCUCUCUUUGAGACUAUCGCUGAGCUGGAGGAGUACCACCCUCGUAUCGCCCUCAAGUGGCAGCUGGGCCGCAUCUUUGCCCUGUUCCUUGGGAACCUCUACACCUUCCUGUUCGCCCUGUUUGAUGAUGUCAACGAAAAGUUGGAACAGGAGAAGUAUAUUAAGAAUGCCACUAUCUGGGGUCUGAAGGAGUACUAUGCCAACUACAGCACCUACCACAACACUACUGACAUCCCCCCUCCGGAGAUCCCUCCUGCUGAUGUCAUCAGAGGGCCGUGCUGGGAGACCGACGUUGGCAUAGAGUUUGUGAAGCUCACCGUCUCUGACAUCCAGGUGACAUAUCUGACCAUCCUCAUUGGUGACUUUGUGCGAGCCGUGAUUGUGCGUUUCCUCAACUAUUGCUGGUGCUGGGACCUGGAGGCUGGAUUUCCGUCUUAUGGAGAGUUUGACAUUAGCGGCAACGUGCUCGGAUUAAUCUUCAAUCAAGGAAUGAUUUGGAUGGGUGCGUUCUACGCCCCUGGCCUGGUAGGGCUGAACGUCCUGCGUCUCCUCUCCUCGAUGUACUACCAGUGCUGGGCCGUGAUGAGCUGUAACGUUCCCCAUGAGAGGGUCUUCAAGGCCUCCAAAUCCAACAACUUCUACAUGGGCCUCCUCCUCCUGGUGCUCUUCCUCAGCCUUCUGCCUGUGGUUUACACCAUAAUGACCCUGCCGCCCUCCUCUGACUGUGGCCCCUUCAGUGGAAGGGCGCAAAUGUAUGAUGUUGUCAUGGAGACUAUAGAGAAGGACCUACCAGCGUUCAUUGGUAAUAUCUUCACCUACGCAACUAAUCCUGGGCUGAUCAUACCAGCUGUGCUGCUGAUGGUGUUGGCCAUCUACUAUCUGAAUGCGACCUCCAAAAACUAUCAAAAUGCCAACCUGGAACUGAAGAGGAAGAUGCAAAUGGCUAGAGAUGAGGAGAAGAACCGGAGGAACAACAAGGAGAGUACCAACCAGGUGAUGCAUGACCUGGUUGGCCUUCUUCCCAACCGCUCUCUAAUCCCCCCUCCUACGGAAGAAGCACCCCCACCAGACAACAUGAGCGAGAAGGGCAGCACAUUUCCCAAGGUGGCAAAACGUCCAGGAGCAGCUGUCAAUGUCAAGGGGGUUAACCUUCAGAAGGAUGUUUCAUUGGCUGCACCAAACUCCCGAGUGGCUGUGACCCGCCCCCCAGGCCCAAGGGGGCCGCCUGGAAACGCCAGAGGACCACCCCCAGGGCCGGGAAGGGGCAGAGGGAGGGGUGCACCUCCUCCUAGAUGCUAAUUAGGUGAAAAACAGGGUGCUAAGAUGUCCACACCACCCUCACAAAUCAGGAUUUACAAAAGCAAGAAAACGGACUAAAACACUCGGACUUAAGAAAAGUUUCUUGCCGUUUUCCCUUGCAAAACGUUUUGUGUUGCAUGUUAUAAUGAAAAAGACCCUAGGAAUCUGGCCAAAAGUCUAAAGCCUGUAGGCAGUAUUUGUAACACCCUCACAAUCAUGACAUAACAGCAUCCUAAAUCCUAUUUAUAGACAAACAGAUGAUCAGAUUGUCUGUGACCAAUUUAGGGAAAGCUUAUUUAGACUACUGAGUGUCACAGCACGCUGUAAAACAUUAGUAAAUAUUAGCUUCAAUAUUUGAAUAACUUACUUCUUAUUUAUGUGUUCAAAAAGCAUGAUAUUCAGAAAUGUUAGUUUAAUUAAAUAUCCUGCAACAUCUGAAUGACUAUUUGUGAGUGAAAACUACAACAAAGGAAAUUGUGUUUAAUUUACUCCAUAUUCAUAAUAUUUCUAUCAACUUAAGAAUUCUACGUUUUUGCAACAACUUGCCAUUUGGUUCCGUUUGUAUAUUGUGGGUAAUUCAAAUUUGUUAGACUUUAUAAUACUUUUACACAAUGUUGUAUGCGUGUUUGAAGUAUAUUUCUACAUUAGUGUUGAACUGAAAUGCUCAAAUCAACAUGCAACAAUGUUUUACACGGCGAUGUUGGGUAACCUUGUUGAACGUGAUGUUCUGAAAAUGCUUUUAAAACAUAAUAUUAUACGUUUUUCCAAUGCCUAGCGCAAGGCCCGUUCCAUGUCAUUUCAGCAACCCAUGACACCCACCAUCUCAGAUUGUCCUGUAGUUAGAAACAGAUAAGAUUAACAUUCCUGCAACAUUAUUUGGUUGAAAUAUAAUUAGAUCUCUGAGAAAUUAAGCUAAUUGAUUGCACCCAAAUUGGCCAUUUUAAUUGAUAGGAUUCAUAUAAUAUUCAAUAAAUAUAGUACCCAACAUCCGAUUUACACAAAACUUGUUUCUAACAUUGAGUAAGACAUGAGGAAUCCAAAGAAAUUGUCAAAAGCUACCCACGGACCCUCCACACCAAUCCCACCCUAACAAUGAAUAUACAGUAUCAGUUCUCUAUGUCUGACAAGUAGUAUGGAGCUGCGGCUUGGAGUAUUGUUUCUUCAUCCUAUGUAAUGUAUUCUCAGUGAUUUUGGUGAAGUUUUUUUCCCUUGUUUCCGAGAAAUUAGUAAUUGAAGUUGUUACAUCCUGAUUUUACCAGGUGCUGACCUAGGAGAGGCUAGCUAUCGAGCUGGGCUAGAAACAACUGGCUAGAAUAACUAGUAUUCAGUUGAUGCAACCUAGCUAUCUAGGUGUCUGUUCUAAAAGAGUUACCUACAGACAUGUAGAGUUGUUAACAGUGCCCACUAAUAUCAAAUCAAUUGCAGCUAGUUGUGAGACUAACCAAAAAAGUCCUACACUGUAGCAAGCUAUUCCGGUAAUGUCACUAGCAAGCAAAAUAUCCAUCAAUAAAAGCUGAGCUUGCCAUUGUUUUGGUCUAGCUGUCUUGCACAGUUGAUCUUUUUUUGUAAAUUUAUAGUUCAUGCCAUGUUACCUGGCUAGACUUGAACAGAAUAGUCUUCUAAAAAGGCACUUAUUUUCAUAUUUGUUUUAUUAGUAUCCUUGAAAAGAUUAUCAAGGCUACUAACGUGCAUUGUAACAUAAAUAUUAGUUUUCAGCAGUUGUAAGGGUAGGAAUGUUGUUGGAAAAUUCUUGCACAGGGACACUCGAAGUCAAUCUUAAAUUAUUCAUUGUUUAUUGUCAGCGCGCUGGAGAGGUUCCAACCAACUCAAUGCAUCAUAAUAUACAUGUCAAUCAGGAGCUCUCUCUGGGCAGACCCAGCAGUUGUUUUAUAUACGCUAUACACAGAUAAGUUAUAUUUGCAUGAUUUAGCAUAAUUAAUUAAUCAUUACCGUUUUGUUUCAUUCAUGCGAUCGACCAAUUCUGGUUCAUAACAUGUGACAGAUUCACACCUCACAAGGCUUCUCCUCUCUAAGCUGAGACCUUGAAACUGAGACAUCUUUAGUUUGUUAUCAAAACAAGGUCUGGGUGUACUGCCAAAUUGCAGCUGCUGAUAAGAGGAGGAUUUGUUCAGUGAACCACUUGCAUGAACACAGAAAUUGGUUUAUAGAACAGAACAUGAAUAGAACACAGAAAUUAGUUAUACGAAAAGCACAAACAUUAAAAUUCCCAUUACAUUCCAUCCUCUUAUCACUAUGUGUGAUAAUAAUUGUUACAUUUUAAUGUAAGCAUUUUGAUUUUAGCUUCUAUAUCAAAAUAUUCUAUACUCUAUUAAAGUAAUGGAAAUCAACACAGAAAAAAAACAGACACUUCAUCAUUUCAAAACCUUCAUUUUGGGUUCGACAAUCCACUUAGUAUGGUAAUACUAUAAUCAUAAUAAAGGCUAUAAUUUAUUAAUUGGAUUGAGAAUCAAAAAUACACAAUGGAUCUGUAGAUUCAGAGGUGAAUAAAUCUGUCAAUGUUAACCAUUGUUUCCAUAUUUCUUACCACAGUCGGAUUGCAUUGACCUAUGUUUUCACUAACUGUCCCUGGGACAUUCACCUAGUCAAAAUAUAAAACCCAGUUGUUUAACUUGCUCAUCAGCUCAGUCUUCCACAUAAUGUAAACAGGUUAAGGGUUUAGAUGACCUUACCCUCAACUUGUUAAAAUAAAACAACCUUCAAUCAUUACUCAUUGUCUGUACCUACAGGGGGAAAUGGGGGCUCAUCCAGAAUUGGCAUCUAACUGUUUCACCAUCCUCUGGAGGAGUAGAAAACAAGAUAGCUGCCAAAAUCCUAUCAGCCAGAGAGGCACAUCGUCUUACAGCAUGUUAAUAACAUUUCACAGGGAAGAGAGAGAGAACACAUGUUAUAACAGUUUCACACCAACCUUUCGAAGAAUGAGAUUGGGGCAAGGUUAGCCCAAGCUACAAUCUAGUGUCUCUCCUCGCGUAUUUAGGGCACAGCUCUGUCUCUAGAAGCCACCCCUUUCCAAAUCAUAAUUGUAAUUAUUGAUAUAUUAUCCAACCCAAAUUUAGAAUGACAGUCCUUAGUGCUUCACGUUGGUUCUAUCACUUUAAUUUAAGAUCCUCACUUUUCUCAUCACUUGUGGUAAUGACAGAUUUGUAUUUAAAUGCACCCCUAUCACCUUGGCGAUCUCACUGAGGCAUUACAGGUCAGGGAAUCAGAGGGCUAAUCCUUAGGGAAAAAUCCUGACCAUCCAGCAGACCCAAUCUGGUGAGACUUGUUAUUGAAGCAGUACAAAAACAAAGUAAAGAAAACAACAACAGCAAU